AUGCUGCCCGAGAGCCGCGCCUUCCGGCUCCCCGGCCCGCUGGGCUGGCUGCUGAAUCUGCUGGGCAUCGCCUACACGCUCGUCACCACGGUGCUGUUCGUCUUCCCGCCGGGCCUGCCGGUGAACGGGUCGAAUAUGAAUUACUGUGUGGUGGUUUUUGCGAUUAUUGUGGGCGUCAGUUUGGUGCAGUGGUGGGUGGAUGGGAGGGAGAAUUAUAAGGGGCCGAGGGUGGAGGAGGGGGUGUUGGCAAGGGUCAAGGUGGUGGGAGUGGGGGUGGGCGUUGGUGAUGGGGAGGAGGAGGACAGGUUGGCGUCGCGCCAGAGCCUGGUCGGUCGGAUGGUGGGGAAUGGAGAUCAGGAGGAGACCAGAGGCGGGAAGGAGGCCGUCAAGGACAAGAUCGCUUCUGGGAAAGGAAUAUAA